AUGACAUAUUUGGAUACUAAUUCAAUCAGUGAACUAAUUUCGAAACUAUUUAACAACAUUUCAAAGAUUGAAUUGGGUAUUAAUAUGGAUUUUCUAAUAUAUAUUGCGAUUGUAAUCACCAUGGUCGGCAGUGUAGUUGUUUCAUUCGUUAUUAACUGGAAGUUAUCAUUUAUUCUCUCGUGCCUUUCACCUGUGGUUGCUAUUGCUUCCGUGAUCUUUGCCCGAGUAAUCAGUACUGAGACAGUUAAUGAAUUAGCAACAUAUACCAGUGCUGGAAAGAUCGUUCAAGAAGUGUUCAGUUCAUUGCGAACUGUCUAUUCACUGAAUGGUGCUCAAUUUGAGCAGAAAAGACUUAAAAAUAUUGAAGGCGAUGAGGCCGUACCUCGUUUGAUCUUUCUCAAGGGCAGCAUCAACUAG